AUGAGUAGUGUAUAUGCCAUCGAACAAUUGAACGAUAUAUUAAAAUAUAAUAUAGAAGGAAAUAAAAGAAAAGAAAAGAAAAAAAAUAAUAAUCAUGAUAUAAAGGUAGAAGAAAAAAAGAAAAGAGACAAUGAUAAUGAGAAAUAUUUAAAUAAUAGUAAACUUAUAGGGAAAAAAUAUAUUGAUAAAGUUAUAAAUGAAUGUAAUAAUAUAUAUAUAAAUGAUUAUCUAUAUAAUAAUAAAAGAUAUAAUCAUAUAUAUAAUGUAUAUGAUAAUACAAAUAAUAAUGAUAUAGAAUAUAAACAAUAUAAAAAUUUAAAUAUAGAUAAUAAAUUAUGUAAAGUUAAAGGAGAACAUUUAUAUCAAGGAACAGCAGGUAUUACAAAUGAAAUUAUUAUAGAAACAUUAAAUACAAAUGAAGAAUGUAUAUAUAUAGAAAAUUGUAUAUUAGAAGUAUAUAUAAAAAGAAAAGAUCAAGUCGAUAAAUUAAAUUAUAAUAAGAAUGAAUAUACAACUUCUCAAUCUUAUAAUAAUAAUAAUAAUAAUAAUAAUAAUAUGUAUGCAAAAUUUAUAAAUAAUAAUCUUUUUAAUAAAUAUUUAUAUGAUAAACAUUGUUCUUUAAUCAAUAUAAAUCAUAACAAAUAUAAUAUAAAUGCCAACUUUUCUAAUUAUAAAAAUGUAGGUCAAUAUUCUUCAAAAGAAAAUGAACACAAUUAUGAUACAUAUCAAGAAUGUCAUGAUGAAAUGGAAUAUUAUACUCCAAAUGUUAUAAAUAAUGAACAUAUAUAUGGAAAAUAUUCAAAUGGAAUGGAUACACAUCAAAAUAAAUUCAAUGAAAUAGAUACACAUCAAAAUAAAUUCAAUGAAAUAGAUACACAUCAAAAUAAAAUCGAUGAAAUAGAUAUACAUCAAAAUAAAUUCAAUGAAAUAGAUAUACAUCAAAAUAAAUUCAAUGAAAUAGAUACACAUCAAAAUAAAUUCAAUGAAAUAAAUACAUACAACACAAAUACACAUAAUAAUCAAAAUAAAAAAAAAAACACAAAUUGUAUAAAAAAAAAAGAUUUUUUUAAUAAUCAUACCCAUCAUCAUUAUAAUAAUAAUAUAAUAACAUACAAUGAUACCAUGAAAGAUGGAUACUUAAAUAAUAAUUUAGAAUAUGAUGAAGAAUCUAAUAAAUUAAUCAAAGAGAGUCUAAAAUGUAAUGUAAGAGAUCUAAAGAAUGGUAGUUAUAUUAUUACUUAUAAUUUAAGAAAAUGUGGAUAUUAUUAUUUAUCAAUAUUUUAUAAUAAAAAACAUAUAGCUGAAUCUCCAUAUCUUAUUGAAAUAAAAGCUUCAGAAGCGUAUGCACCCAACUGUGUAAUUUAUAAGAAUGAUAUUACAAAUAAAUUAAUUAUUCCUUAUGAUACAAGUGAAGAAAUAUUAUCAUAUGAUAAUAAUGCAUCCUCCUUUUAUGAUAAUCAUUGUGAUUAUAAUGUGUCGUGUGAAUCCCCUCUUCAUCAUGUAUCUAUUAAGACCCAAGAAAAAGAUGACAAGGAUAGUGAGAAGACAAAAAAAAAAAUGCAUCUUUUAAAAUUUACAAAAGAAGAAGAGGAAGAAGAACUCAAUAAAACAUUUAAUAAUUUCUUUAUACAAUGUUAUGAUGCUUAUGAAAAUAAAAUAUGUAAAGGUGGAGACAUUUUGGAAGUAGAAGGUAUAGGUGAUAUAAAGAUAAUUAAUAUUCAAGAUUUAAAUAAUGGAACAUAUGAAGUGAUAUAUAAAUAUAUAAAAAAUAAUAUUGAAAAUAAUAAUAAUAUUAAUAGUUAUGAGAAUAUGUAUAGAGAAAUCCAUGUCACUUUAAAUAAAGUACAUAUUAAAGGGUCUCCAUUCAGAAUAAUUUUUAAGAAUGAUAAUAAUAUGUAUUAUAUAAAUAAAUUAAAAAAUAUUUUACAAAUAGAAGAUUAUAAUAUUAAUUCUUUUAAACUAAUAGAAAGAAUAAUAAAUAUAAUAAAAUCAUAUAACCAUAUAAAAGAUAAUUUUAUAAUAAACGAUGAAAAUAUUAAUUGUUUAUUAUAUUCUGAUCCUUUUAUGAAUAUAAAUUCACAUUAUUAUAAUAAAAAAGAAUUACAUGAUAUAUUAAAAAAAGUAGAUACACAACUUUUAUCUUUAAUGUCUAUACCUAUGAAAGAACAACUAUUUAAUUAUAUUAAAUAUAUAAAUAAUGAUAACAAAAUUGCACACUUAAAAAUAUUAUUAUAUAAAGAUUUAAUAUAUCAAUUAGGAUAUAUAUUAAAAAAUAUAAAUAAUUUUUAUCAUUCGUUUCAAAAGGACAUGCAAGAUCUUAAAACUAAAAGAAUAUUACAACAUCAAAUAAUUAAAGAAGCUAAUAUUAUGUAUGAAUCAUUAAGAGAUAAAAAUAUACAUACAUUACCUUUCAAUUUUUCUAUUAAUGAUAUGAACAUAUAUAAACAAAAUUUGACAAAUAAAAAAAAAGAUCUCUUACAAAAACAUAAUACAUUAGUGCAAAAAUAUAAAGAUAUAAAAAUAAAAGAAAAACAAUUUUUAAAAGAUAGAAAACAAAUAACAAACGAAUUAACCAACAAAUAUAAACUCCAUCAAUAUGUUUAUCAACGUUCAACAAAUGCCUUACAAGAAAUUAAUACUCACUUGAAAAAAAAAACUAUACAAAGUAUUAAGGAAUAUGCAGCCUAUGAAAAAAAAUUCGUAUCCUUAAAAAGUGACAUGCAAAAAAAAAUAAAAUUAAAUUAA